AGUGGUGGCUGAGAACCAGGCGUGCAAUGACCCCGCCCCUGGGAGGGCGCAGGCAGAUGCUGGCCCAGCCCCGAGAUGGUCCCAGGAGCCCUGGCAGCACAAAGAAGACAGAGUUCAGCACCAUGUCGUGGAUUCCUGUCCUGCUGGCACUCUUCACCCACUGGGCAGGCUGUGUCUCUCAGCCCAUGCUGAACCAGCCGCCAUUUGUGUCCUCGCCCCUUGGAACAACAAUCCGUCUGGCCUGCACCUUGAGCAGAGACUACGAUGUCAGGAUUUAUAACAUCUACUGGUACCAGCAGAGGCCCGGCCACCCUCCAAGAUUCUUGCUGAGAUAUUUCUCCCACUCAGACCACAGCCAGGGCUUCAAGAUUCCCCCUCGCUUCUCUGGAUCCAAAGAUGUGGCCAAGAACACGGGCUAUUUGAGCAUCUCCGGGCUGCAGCCUGAGGAUGAGGCUAUGUAUUACUGUUCUCUGGGAUUCCAGGUCUUGGAUAAAGAAAGGGAGACGAGGGGAGAGAGAAGGGAAGAAAAGGAGCCUGCUGUUUUGGGGUCCCCAGCACCCCCAGACACACUUACGUUGAACUAGAGACCAAAGGGCACACUUCCUCAGAAAGAGGCGAGUAUGGGCAAGGAGGGUGGGCUAUGGGCUUCACAGAGCAAAGGAGAAAGCUGCUCAGCUUCUUCCUGUCCAGAAACUUGCUUAGACCCCCCCGAAUGUGGGAUUUGGGGAUUAAAGUUGCUUGUGUCUUGAGAAGUUGUCUUGCUGAGUUUGUAUGCCUGGUGUGCCGAAUUGUUCUGAGGAGGCCCCAGAUGUUCUGGGAAAGGUGAGAAUGAGUGGGAUGCAUCCUAGAACCAGCCUAGGGUGAUAGCCCAGGAGACUGGCUAGGCAAAAUGCUAGCCCCUGCUCUUGUGGGUUCUGAGGGGCAGGAGCUGCACCCUGGGGGACGCUUCUGUUGAGGACAGUCUGCUCUAUUGUGCAGGAGUUACAGGGUCAACAACUUAGAAAAUGCCUCUAUUGGGCCUCUGGGGAGGACAGUGGGUCCUGAGUGAUAGGUCUGGAGCGGGUCCUCCAUGUUGGUAUUCUGACAUUGGGACAGUCACUUCUCUGUUGUGAGGCUGUCUUGUGCACUGUAGGAUGUCCAGCAACAUCCCUGGCCUCUACCCACCAAAUGCCGGCACCUGUGCCCUCCUGCCCCUAAUGAUGACACCCAGAAAUGUCUCCAGGCAUUGCCAAAUGCCCUCCAGGUGGCAAAAUCACCUUGAUUAAACACCCUUGAUCUCGGUGAGAGAAAUGGGCAUAUUCUUUGGCCCAAGAGAGUGGCAGGGGCUGGCAGAUAUUUUCUAUGAAGGGCCAGAUAGUAAAUCACUUGGGCUUUCCAAGCCAUAUGAUCUUUGUCCCAACUACUCCGUUCUGUCCUUAUAAUGUGAGAGCGGCCACAGGCAAUACUAUGUAAACAUAUGGGCAUGGCUGUGCUCCUACUUAAUUUUAUUUACAGAAACAUAGGGCUGGGCCAGAUAUGGCACCAGAGCUUGCCAGCCCCUGCUCUGGCAGAACACUACUGCCACUGGGUUUCAAUCUAGCCAUGCUUGGUGGGAUAAUCAAGGCAAACCUCACUUCUUCCUGUCUGAUAACUCCAUGGAAACCUCUGGACCCCUGGAGAAACCUGCAGGUAGGGGGCGUGGCCUCACUGAUAGGCUUCUUGGGUGAAGAGGGUGUAGGUGCAUUCCUGCAGGCCUGACCCAUAGCACAGCAUCCUGAGCCUCUGGGUGGUGGGUCGGGAUGUGCCCUGCAGAGAGAGACCAUGUACAUAGGUACAUAGAGUGGACAUGCCUCAUACUCAGAGAGGUGGCAGGCAAACCAUCUCCCCUGUGAUCCCAAACUUAGCUGAGAGCGUCCCUUUAUCAAAGGGUCCCCCUGAGAGUGGGCAUGUGUCAAUACUGGCCCUUCCACAUGUGCAAAACAAUGGUCUCAGCUCAUGCCACGCUCCAGGUACCCUCUGAGCUUCUACUUCCUCAAAUGCACUGCACUCUUCCUGCAUCAGACCUUUGCCCCCGGACAGUGGCCCCCAGGCCCAUGUUCCUAAAGGCCAGCCAGGUGGCCACUUAACCUGCUUUCUUCUUUCAUCCUUUGUGAUUCUGGGAUUCCAUGCCUUGACAAGAAACCCAGAGAGCAGAGAGUCAGGUUGGGCUCCUCCAUUAUCCUAACGCUCUGCCCCACCAGAUCCAUGCAGGGUGAGACCCUGGACUCGGGCCUCAGGCCAGCCAGAGUGUGAGUCUUAGCUCUGGUCAGCCCCGGAAGGGCCAUUGGAAUUCUAGGCCAACGUCCCCUUUGUUGUAUGUAAAGAAGAUCAUAAUAGCACUGACUCAUUUCUAUAAAGCACUUAACUGUAAUGGUUCCUCCACAAAAAAGUAGUGUUAAUAUUUCCUCAUCAGUGACCAGGCCUGGCCUUCCUCCUUGUCAAGUCUGAGUGCAUUCCUUUAGCCUGAGUCAUUUCUCACCUCCACCAUUGGCUGGCCUCCUGCCUGUCCCCUGCUGCAGCUCCUCCUCAUUUUCACUCCCAGGUCUGGCCCUGCCUGCACUCCUCUCCAACCUUUGUCUCUCACCUUUGAAGGCACAUAUGCAAGCCACAUUUGCAAUUUUCAAUUUUUUGUUGGCUACAUUUUUUGAGAAAGGAAAUAAGAAACAGGUGAAAUGAUUUUUGUGAGUUUAUUCAUUUUGAGAGAGAGAGAGCAAGCGAGCAUGCGUGUGCAAGUGGAGGAGGGACAGAGAGAGAGGAAGAAAGACAAUCCCAAGCAGGCUCCUCACUGUCAGCAAAGAGCCCAACUCCUUGUCUUGCCCCCACGACCCGUGAGAUCAUGAACUGAGCUGAAAUCAAGAGUUGGACGCUUAACCAACUGAGCCACUGGGUGCCCCACAAUGAUUUAAAAAAAAUUUUUUUUAACGUUUUAUUUAUUUUUGAGACAGAGAGAGACAGAGCAUGAACGGGGGAGGGUCAGAGAGACGGAGACACAGAAUCCGAAACAGGCUCCAGGCCCUGAGCUGUCAGCACAGAGCCCGACGCGGGGCUCCAACUCACAGACCACGAGAUCAUGACCUGAGCCAAAGUCGGCCGCUCAACCGACUGAGCCACCAGGCGCCCCCACAAUGAUUUUUAAUAGUACAUUUUAUUUAACUCCAUCCAUCCCAAGUAUUAUCAUUUUGGCAUGCAAUCUAAAAAUUAGCUAUGAGACGGUUUAAACUCUUGUUGUCAUGCAAAAUCUUCAAAACCCAGUGUGUAGUUUGCACUCGUGGCUCCUCUCUGUUUGGACCAGCUACUUUCCAAGUGACCAACAGCCCUGUGGCUUGGGCAGGACCAUACAGAUUGAAAGGAUUGAAUUCAGACUCCUUCUCAUGACAAGCCUUUGGAAGCUGGUCCAGAUCUGGUCCCAAGUCCAAGGUCUUAUCCACCCGCCCUCAGUGUUUCUGCCACAUUAAUUCAUCUGCAAUUGAUCCAACACCUCAUCCUUGUGGUUGCUUCGGACGCUUUUCCUAAGCCAUUCAUUUGCAGACAGAACUCCCUGUCCCUUUACAGUGUCCUCCAGCUAGCUUCCCCAACUCUGAGCUCCACAGUGAUCUCAAAUCUCACUCCUUGGCCAAGAUUUCCCUGACCUCUUUAGGCAGUUACUAGCUUCCUGUCAUGUGCAGCUAUUGUGUUUUCCUAUGUUUAGCACCUACCAGACAGAUCUAAAUUUACCCUGCAGGUCUCUCUCCUUCACUAAUCUGCACAUUCUUGGUGGGCAGGAUCUCUUCUACUCAUUUGAUGUGUCUGGUAAACAUGAGGUGAUAACAGAGUUGAGCAAAUAGGUGAAUGAGUAAUUGAUCACAUAACUGAAUGAAUUCUUGAGUCGCAAAGACCCUGCCAUUCAUUCAUUCUAGGAUCCCCUGAGAUGGCUGGGGUCAUUGGGAUUCCCUAAGAAGGGAAAUCAUGUCACAUCAGUGAGUGGCCACAUUCUGUCCAUCUGUUUGUCUUUCUGUAAGAGUCUUUCUCUCACAUAUGCACACACACACACACACCUCUGAUGCCUUACAUAUGAAGCUGGUGAUGGUGUACAGCAACUGGGAAUGGUGUGGGAAGGAAUAGGUCAAAAUCGGCCGAUGCAGGGAGAACUUUCUGAAUCAGUAACAGAGGAGUGAGAUGUUGGAGAGGAGGGGGGAUCUGGUCCCUGAUACUGUAAAGAGCUCCCCCACCCCCAUCACCCCUAAGCCUCUCUCUACAGGGCUCCCAGGUGUGACACAGAACAAAGGUGUGUGGUGCUCAGAGCUGUGGUCUGUGACAGAAAUGCUUGACACAGCUCACAAAUUUGAGACAGAAACACAGAACCCGAUGGGCUUGGUAUGGCACCAGUGGUACUGAAGAGGGAACCCAUCAUUCUGACCUGAGUUAGACCCUGAGACCCUUGAAAUCUGAGGAAGACCCAAAGGUCUUGAGGGCUGGAGCAUGCCAAGCAGACAGAGUGAAGAUGCAAGGGGUUCCCGGAGCAUAUAGACAGUCAGUGUGGUUGUGACACAGUUUGGCAAGACGAGCUCGGGGAAGUGGUCCUCACAACAGGGGAGGGUGGAAUUAGCCUCCAGAGGCCCUUUAGGACAUGGAAGCCUCUUGUGUUUCAUUCUAAAUUGUGUAUUUGUGAUGGGAGCACAAUGCCCAAAGCCAUUCGUUCAUUACUGGGUGCAAGCUGGAGAUGUCCUCAUUCCUGCCUUCCUCCUUCUUCCUUUGGUAAGAAAACUUCCCCUCAUCAGGGAUUUAGUCACCUGAGGAACUAUGUGUAUGGCAAAGGCAGGAAAAA